AUAAGUACAGGAGGGGAGGAGGAGGAGCCCAGAAUACCAGCACGGACGGGGGGGUGGAAUAACUUAGUCCCUGGGACUUGAUCACAGCCCUGCCUUCUCCAUAGAGCGCCCUGCACUUUCUAUAAUAACAGCCUUGCAGAAGAUUUUGUCAUCUACUUUGUAAGUUUGUGCAGCACGAUGGUGGCGCGUAUGUUGUUCAGGGCGGUGAUCAUGGGCCCCCCUGGGUCGGGGAAAGGCACCAUCUCAGAUCGGAUCAUCAAACACUUCGCCCUCAAGCACCUGUCCAGUGGGGAUCUGCUGAGGACGAACAUCCAGAGGAAGACAGAAAUUGGGGUUGUUGCUAAAUCGUACAUUGAUCAAGGCCAGCUUGUUCCAGAUAAUGUGAUCACCAGUCUUAUUCUACAAGAGCUGCACAACAUGGGAGAACACAACUGGCUGCUGGAUGGAUUUCCAAGAACUGUCCCUCAAGCACAGGCUCUCGAUAAUGCUCAUCAGAUAAACACUGUCAUUAAUCUGAAUGUGCCAUUUCAGACCAUUAAGGACCGUCUGACAGCCCGGUGGAUCCACGCUGGUAGUGGCAGAGUAUACAACACUGAAUUUAAUCCACCCAAGGUCUCGGGAAUUGAUGAUAUUACUGGAGAGCCUCUAAUUCAACGCGAGGAUGACAAGCCAGAAACCGUUACCAAGAGACUGAAAGGUUACGAGGCCCUUACCACGCCUGUUUUGGAAUAUUAUCAAAACAAGGGUGUAUUGGAAACAUUUACUGGGACGGAAACCAACAAGAUCUGGCCCCAUGUUCUUGCGUUCUUGCGCACAAAGCUGCCUGAAGUCCAGGAGUAACUGGUGACAGAGCACAAUGGACGCUGGACUGUAAAUCUCAUACCACUCAAUGUGAAUGUUUUAACCUUAGUAACCUUUAGUCUUCACACCAGCUGUUUUAUUGCAUUUUAAUGUUAUUUUUUUUUAAUAACAUAUUUAACUAUAGUUUUUUAAUAAUUGAGCUGGGAGAUCAUAUUUUAUGUAAUGUCCGAUUUUCAAAUAAUUGAAUUUUUUUUUUAACCAAUCAUCAUCAAAUGACAAGAGGAUUUUAGGCCAGAAAGUGUCUAAUAUUGCUCUUGGAGACACUUUUACUGACCGUUUUUAUUCUCGACUGCUCAAUUUUAGUUCUUUUUCUGCCAACAUUAGAACGGAUGAUGGAGAGCCUGUAUUUUGUUUUUAAUAUACCUGUAUAUGUGUUCAAUCUGGAAGAAAAAGGAUCUUUGAUUAAUUUACCCCUUUGUAAAUGCAGGGUGAAAUCAGCUGGGAAUAUUUUUUAAUAUCUGGAUACAUCAACAAAGCAGGCAGAAAAAAAUAUUUAAAAUGUGACUUUUUUUUUUUCUCAAAGUUAAACUUGGGCCACAAAAAUGUUUAUCUACAUUCCCAAUGUUUACAAAGGAUAUAAAUCCACGUUGCAUGCUUCAGAUGCCCUUUCAAACCAAGAUAUUACCUUUUUUAGAAGCCGCUGUGACAUCACUGUUCUGUAAAUAAUGUUUGCAGAGCUGUAGGAGGGACCCAAAGGGCCCACUUUCUACAGGCUCCCUGAAGAACACUAGAAGAACAGGGUGGAGACCAGACCCUUCACCCUGCUCAAGGAGAGAGAGCAGCAGUGACUGGUCUUUAUUGCAGGAAGCUCCACCUGCAGCCCCUGUAGAAUAUUAGAAGUGGUUAGUGCAGCCUUUCUCAACUAGAGUUUCCUAGGGGUUCAUUGAGCUUUGUCUGAUUGACCAUUUUGGUUUUGUCUGCAUAGUUUUGGGUCCAUAUUCACUUGGCCCAGCCAGCAACAUAACGCCAGAAAUCUUUUUUUAGGUGUGUCUAAGGAUGGCAUUCUGACCACCAUAUUGGGGGUGGGAGCAUUCUUCCCAUUUACUACCAAUGUAACGGAUGAAAAGAGGUCCUGGACUGCCGCACUCCUUAAAACGAUAUCUUUAUUCAGCAAGUGAAAUAAAAAAAAAAAA